UCCCCGCAAACACAUGUAGCUGAAAAAUUAUGGCGGUAUUCAAUAUAUUUCCAAAAAACGGUGUGUUUACGUUAUGUAUUUUAAUUUAUUCAACAUUUUCCACUGCGGACGCCUCACGAUUAAAUGUUCCCCGGGUGUUGCUGCCAGUUUUCAACAACUUCCCAGUCAACUUUACCCUCGAAGUCACCGAGGGAGGUUGCUACCAAUGGUCGACAUCACGUCUGGACGUCGUUCACCUCAUUCCCAUGAAUGAAAACCCAGACAGAACGUGUUCCUCGGCUGUUCUCGUUCAAAGCAUCACCAGAGAGCUCACCAGGAACACAGCAAUUGUCCUGGCAGAGGACGUGAACACAGGCCAAUUUCUCAGAUGCGAUGUCAUCGUGGAUGCGAUCUAUUCGUUGAAUCUGGUGACGACCACGAGGGAAUUGUUCAUCGAGGAGGCACCAGAGGCCUUCGAGGUUCGAGCUUAUGACGAACAGGGAAAUGAGUUCACAACCCUUGCUGGGGUGGAAUUCGAGUGGAGCAUUGGGAAUGGAGAGAGGUACAGCGUCCAGGGGGACAUUGGCAACAGCAUACUGAGGUUUAUGACCUUUCAGGAGUCGCCUUAUGAGACUCCCUCGACCAUCGCCAUGCUGGAUGGCACCGGGAGACAGGGGAGCAUUAUUUUGUUGGAGGGAGUCAAGACUGGAACCGCCAGGGUCGAGGCUAAACUCCCUUAUGCUGAGUAUAAACAUGUUUCCCCGGUGGAGGUUGAACUCAUUGUUGUUGCUAAUUUGAUUAUUCUGCCGACUGAUGUCACUAUGAUGGCGUUUGAUAAUCUCAAGUACAAGAUUAUGCAGGUGCAUCAAGGACGCUUAGAAGAGAUAAAACUACCAUCGAACCAAUACUAUCUCGUCGCUGAAACCCCAGAGAUUGUGCAAAUUGAUAACGAGCAUGGGUAUGCCUAUGCCCUCCAGGAAGGAAGAUCCAAGGUCCUGCUGCACGACAAAAACGUCAACGAAGAAUACGGAAUUGUUUUGCCCACUGCUACAGUCCACGUGAAUGCUGUUGAGUACAUCACGAUAACAGUAUUGCCCAACAGAAACAGGGGACUGAUCCUGGGACACACUCACGAAAUUAUAGUUGAACUGUUCGACGCCAAGGAUCACAAAUUUCACAUUGGAGAGGGUGUGGAGGUCUCCGUUGAUAUUGAUCAGAAGUUCUUCAAGACUGUUAGUGUCACUCGGAAUGGUACUCACAUCAUUGGAGUCCCUAUUGCCUGUGGAACGACAACUGUCGAGGGUGAAUUGCACGGAGUCAUUAAUAAACGUGGGAAGAGGAUUGCAUUGCCAACACCCCUGACUGCUAAGGCUGAAUUAGUGAUUCAUACACCAGUGGUGGUUAGCCCUCAGAUUUUGGCUGUCCCUUGGGAGCCACAGAGCAAAGCUAGAUUCGACAUAGCCCUAAAAGCGACUGGUGGUGACGGUACAUACGUCUGGUCGACCCGAGCCCCAUCAGUGGCCUCAGUAACCCAGAACGGUGUCGUGAGGAUCCUCUCCCAGGGUUCCACCGAGGUGAUCGUCUCGAUGGCGCGCAACAGCUACAACAAGGACCGAGCCCGAGUCUACGUGAUGUCCCCCUCUCGCCUCGAGAUCAUCGAGUACAGCAUGGACGCAGCUACCGGCGAGCCAAUCCACCUCUUCAUAGCCCUCUACGGGAAGAUCCAGGAGGACGGCAAAGAAAUUCCCUUCACCGACUGCCGCGACACUUCCUUCGAGGUCCACAUCGCCGACUCCAGCUUCACCCGCAACUCCAGCGACUUCACCCAACCGAUUGGCAUCGCCUGCACGACGUUGACAGUACUCGCCACGUCUGUCGGAUCCUCGAGCGUCACUGUCGCCUACAACUCCAACGGUCACUACCUCACGGACAACGUCACAGUCUCCGCCUACGCUCCACUGGUCCCCAUCCACCCCCCGAGUGGUGAGACCCUCCUGGCAGUUGGAUCCUCUCGUAAAAUCGUCUUCAAAGGUGGCCCCCAGGUGCCAGCAGGCAAGCCCCAAGGCCUCGCUCGAGACACCUCAAUCUCCGACGAAGAAGUCGUGAGAAUUACCGAAAUUCCCAACACCAGUGGCCAACCAGACGUAUCAAUCUUCGAGGUGGUCUGCAGAUCCCUGGGGGACGUGAUCUUCACGUUUAAAGUCACCAACGAGCCCCUGCUACCCAACUGCAGGACCACUGGUGCCUCCUCCACUGUCAGAAUAAUCUGCGGAAAACCCAGACACAUCUACCUCCAGCCAGAGUUCAAGGACAGCGACAAGUGCCCCAUAACCAAGCACCCCGAGAGGGUGAUGGCGCACAAUGAUAAACCCCUUCACCUCAACGUAAUCGUCAAGAGCGAGGAUGGCAGACGAUUCGAUAACUUCACUAGUCUCAACGUCGAGUGGACACUGACUCCCUCGGGAGUUGGGACUGUCGAGAUUGCGAGUGGAAUUCUCGAGGAGACAUUUUUAGAUUUCAAUGUAGUCCUUCCCAGCAAUCAUUACCAGACGGUAAUUCCGAAGAGGCACACAGGGACGCUGACGAUAACUGCCACAGUGACAGACUACCAGAAGUACAUCCUGGCUAAGCUGAGAAUAGCCCCAGAAUGGCCACCCUUUCCAGUGACCACGGAAAAGGGAACCCUAGCCACUCCUAAGAUAUCAGCAGAGAUCAGUGUCGUCCUGGUGAACAACACGAUCAUCAGCCCCAGCAGACUGAAAAUCCUGAACGACCCAAACGUCAAGUACACGUUACAGGUGAGCCAGGGCUCGGGAUACUACGAAUUCAUCCUCAGUAGUGAGGAGAUUGCAGACGUGAGGUACGUGGAGCCCACGAGGACCAUCAACAUCAUCCCGAAGAAAUCAGGAAGCCUUCAGAUUGCCCUGGUGGACCUCUGCCUGAUCUCCCCCCCAGCAGUGGCUGAGGUUGACGUUCAGCAGCUGGCUGGGAUCGAAGUGGAGAGUGUGAACAAGGUGGAGAGGGGUCGAUGCAUAACAGCAACUGUCAGAUUAUUCGACACCAACGGAAACGUCAUCGAGCUGCCAUCGCUGGAGUCCUUCGAUAUUAGUGCGGAUGUCGAUAAUUCGUUGAUUGAGAUCAAGAAAUUGGCGCAGAGUGAUCAGGGCGAGCCCCCCUACACGAGAAUCCUCUACAUGAUUCACGGAGUGGAGGAGGGAUUCUCCAACAUCGUCUUCUCGAGUGGCCACAGUGAUCAGGAGAUCAGGAGUGAGUCGUCGUCGAUCCAGGUAUUUCUCCCUCUGAGGAUCACCCAGAGGAACAUCACAGUUCUCAUUGGCACGAUCUACCAAGUGAUGACGACUGGUGGGCCCUCGAAUGCAAGAAUAGAGUUCAUUGUUGAUCACGAGGACAUCCUGACCAUUCACGACGAUGGGAUCUUCGAGGGAAAGGAGAUCGGGAGCACCAGAGUAUCAGCGAGAGCUGUUGGCUUCGACUCCGGGGGUAAUCGAGUGGUUUACUCAGAGGACCACGUGGACAUUCGUGUGGUGCAACUGGAAGGAGUGAAAAUAGUCGUUCCCACGUCUAAGAUCAAGGUGGGUGCGACGAUUCCCCUCUGGGCGUUUGGAGUUCCUGACAAUCUGACGCCUCUCAUCAUCGGAUCCAUGAAGUCUCAGCUGAUAUUCACUUGGUCCACCGGUGACCCCAGUUUACUAAACCUCCACAACAUGUACGAGGGGACUGGCAUCAACAUCAGGUACCAGAACGAAGUGACACUUCGUGCCAAAGCCCUCAAGCCAGGGGUUUCCACUGUUUACCUGAAUGUCACAGUUCCCCCGAAGACUCUGGCUGGUUACAAGGACGUCCUGACGUUCGGAACGUUCAUCAAGAUCGAGAUAAUUGAGGAGCUGUCGUUGAUAAACCCAGAAUUCACCACUGGGGCUCCAGUCAUCCUGAUGACGCCUCAUUCAUCCCUGAAGUUGAGGACUAACAGAGAUCAGAAUGGCGUCACCACCUACAAAAUUCUGGUGUCUGGACAGUCUGGUGAGCCUGAGGACUCAAACGCCUUGAUAACAUCGAAGACAGUCACUGUGGAUAAGACUGGGGUGAUCAAGUCAGGGGAGUCAUUGGGGAGGACUGUGAUAUCAAUUACGAGUGUUGAAGCUUAUAAUUUGAAGCAGUCACUGACGAUCAUGGUGGACGUUAAGCCAAUCCACUACAUGAUGUUCUCGCUGUCGUCGAAGGUGCAGAUCAGAUCGGGCGAAGAGCUGAAUAUUCUCCCUAAAGGAAUGGAGCUGAAUUACGUGGUGGAGUACUUCGAUGCAAUUGGGAAUAAGUUUCACGCUGCUGAGACGAGACUGAGGACGAUGUCGAACCGAGGGGAUCUGCUGUCGUUCACGCCAACAGGGAAAAACGAGGUGUCAGUCAAGUUCCAUGAGACUGGGGAGCUCGUUGCCAAGAUUUAUAAUGAGAAAUACCCGAAUGCCAUGUUUGAUUACGUCCACAUGAUGAUAGGGGACAUAAUCUUUCCGAGUAAAACAGUUCUGACUGUUGGGGACGUCGUCUGCUUCUCGAUGCCUCUGUUGUCCCCAGAAACAGGUGAUCCUGGCUUCUGGAGGUCCUCGAAUCCAGAUGUACUGACAGUGGACUCAAUAACUGGAAUUGGAAGGGCGAAAAAUCCUGGACAGACGAUUGUUAAACACAGUUUGACGACGGAUAAGCAAGGGGAGAUUGAAGUCAACGUUCAGCCCAUCUCCAAGAUCUCUCUGGUGUUCCUGAGGGGGAAGAACGUGACGGGGAGUGAAGUGUUCAGUGUUCCUCUGGUUCUCAAGAGCAAGGACGAGGGGAUCAAGGAGAAUAAUGUGCUGGCGAGGGGCCUGGGGGGCUGCAGGACUCGGUCUGAUUUCGUUCUUGAGCAGUUUCCAUUCACCUGCAGCAUUCAGUUCACCUCAAAGUCGCCGGUCAAUGUCAAGGACGUGUUCAUUGCUAGGCCCAGGUUUGACAUUGUCUCGGGGUUUUAUUAUUGCGAUGUUGUGCCCAUCAGUGGACCCACGUUGAUGUCCAGUACUUUGGAGACGAAGAUUCAGGUGAAUGCCCAGACUAGGGAGGUCGAGGGAAAAUCACUGGAGAUUCCUUAUCUUCCAGCUGUUUUCGUUGACUCCAGUGAUGUCGUGUUUGUUCAGGGGGGAGGACAGACUGCCACUUCAGUGGUGGAGGUUCAUGGGCUUCCUGGGGCUCUGGAGUACGUCAAUAUAGAGAUGCCUGAGGGGGUCGUUGUUAAUUCGAGGGAAAUUGCCGGGAAUAAACUCAUAUUCAGGUUGAGGCUCAUGCAGAAUGUUGAGGAUGUUCAGGGACAGAGGUUGAGGAUUUUUAAUGAAAUUACGAGGCAGAAUAUCUCGGUGGUUGUUAGAACGUCUAGGUAUGAGGAUUAUGUGGCCAUUUCGGGGAUUCAUUGGCUGGAUUAUUUGUAUUAUCACAGGUACACUUUUAUCACUUUUCUUGUUCUUAUUUUGACGAUUGUUUAUGUGUGGAAGAGGAGGGUUUCUAGCGUUGAUGUUUCGGUUUUGAAUACCAGUGUCUUUGCGGAUAAGUAUCCACCGCCGUUGAGGCAAUCGCCGAAUCACACGUUGAAUAGCUCGUUCAAUGAGUCGGUGGGGGCUAGCCCCAAGAGGAGCCCUGAGUCACCUUUGAGGCCUUUCUCGGCUUUUGUGCCGGUUUAUGGAGAUCCCAGGGGGUUUUAUACGCCUAAUGGGAGACGGAGAGUCUCUCUUAAUCCGACGAUUUGAGGGGGAGAGGGAGAUGAAAUACUUGUGAUAAUCAGGUGACUCGGGGGGAGAGUGGGGGGUAAUCUUUUUUUUUCGUAGAUUCGUUAAAUUUGUUGGGGUGAACUCAUUCGUUUUGAGGGGAAGGUUUUUAUGUUGUCUAUGAGUGGCGACAAUUUGUGGAGACUUUUUUCGUUGGAAAGGGGAGAUUAGGCGGGGGAUGAAUGAUUUUAGUGGCAGACAAAGGGGCAUUUUAAUUUUUGUUUAUUGAAGAUUUUGUCAGAUUGUAAAGGAGAAUUCGACAUUUUGCUCUAAAAUCAUUGGUCUCGGGAUAAAUGCAGACGUGAUGACGAAACAUUUAAUAUUUUACUGAAAAUAUUAAAUUCAGCCUCAUUCAUUUCUCUCAUUUCGCUACUGAUUCGUAAAAAAAUAAUUGAUGGGGAAGUGGUAAAAUUGGAUGAGUCAAUAUUUUUGUGAAACGACGAUCAGUUUUUGUGAAAUGUCUCGGAUUACGGAAGGAAUAGUAAAACUUGUCUAGAUCAGGAUAAGAUCCACAAAAAAGGUCUUCACAGAAAUUCCACUAUCUUCUUUCAAUUUAGAAAUAUUUAUGGGAAACGCAGUCUGAAGUUGGUUAAUUUAUCCUGUUUCACUUCUCAAUAUAUUUACGAAAUGUAAUCGAAAAAUUUAAGAACUGCCUCAUCACUCCCGAUAUUAGGGAGGGAAUAAAAAGAAAAAAAUGCUCACUGGUAGAACGUAAAUUUAAUAUUUCAUAAAUUUAAAUAAAA